UGCUGAACGGGCCCAGCUGGGAAGAAAGAAGAAAGGGAGGGGAGGGGAGAUCGAGGACGGCCGGCCUAGGCAGGCCAAGAAUGCAAUUUCCCCCGUGGUGGGAGCUGGGAGACCCUUGUGCUUGGACAGGACAGGGUCGGGGGACACGCAGGAUGAGCCCCUGGACCACUGGCACCUUCUUGCUGACAGCUUUUUUAUUAAGCUCUGCUGAUGGCAUAAGUGGAACAGUUAACUGGAAGACCAAACAGGCCAACAAUUUUAUUAUCAGCAGAAAAAUGGCUGCUGGGAAGAAACAUGUGUACACCAUCUUCUCGAAGGUGCACUCUGAUCGCGAUGUGUACCCAUCUGCUGGUGUCCUCUUUGUUCAUGUUUUGGAAAGAGAGUCUUUUAAGGGAGAAUUUCCACCUUACCCCAAACCUGGAGAGAUUAGUAAUGAUCCCAUAACAUUUAACACAAAUUUAAUGGGUUAUCCAGACCGACCUGGAUGGCUUCGAUAUAUCCAAAGGACACCGUAUAGUGAUGGAGUCCUGUAUGGGUCUCCAACAGCUGAAAAUGUGGGGAAACCAACAAUCAUUGAGAUAACUGCCUACAAUAGGCGUACCUUUGAGACUGCAAGGCAUAAUUUGAUAAUUAAUAUAAUGUCAGCAGAAGAUUUCCCGUUACCAUACCAAGCGGAAUUCUUCAUUAAAAAUAUGAAUGUAGAAGAAAUGCUGGCCAGCGAGGUUCUUGGAGACUUCCUUGGGGCGGUGAAAAAUGUGUGGCAGCCGGAGCGUCUGAAUGCCAUAAACAUCACGUCGGCCCUGGACAGGGGCGGCAGGGUUCCGCUCCCUAUCAAUGACAUGAAGGAGGGCGUGUAUGUCAUGGUUGGUGCAGAUGUCCCGUUCUCUUCUUGUUUACGAGAAGUGGAAAACCCACAGAAUCAAUUGAGAUGCAGUCAAGAAAUGGAGCCCGUAAUCACCUGUGAUAAAAAAUUUCGUUCUCAAUUUUACAUUGACUGGUGCAAAAUUUCGCUGGUUGAUAAAACAAAGCAAGUGUCCACCUUUCAGGAAGUGAUUCGCGGAGAGGGGAUUUUACCUGAUGGUGGAGAGUACAAACCCCCUUCCGAUUCUUUGAAAAGCAGAGACUAUUACACGGAUUUCCUAAUUACAUUGGCUGUGCCCUCGGCAGUAGCAUUGGUCCUUUUUCUAAUACUUGCUUAUAUCAUGUGCUGCCGACGGGAAGGCGUGGAAAAGAGAAACAUGCAAACACCAGACAUCCAACUGGUCCAUCAUAGUGCUAUCCAGAAAUCUACCAAAGAACUUCGUGACAUGUCCAAGAAUAGAGAGAUAGCCUGGCCCCUGUCAACGCUUCCUGUGUUCCACCCUGUGACAGGGGAAAUCAUACCUCCUCUCCACGCAGACAGCUAUGAGAGCACUAACAUGCCAUUGAUGCAAACACAGCAGAACUUGCCACACCAGACUCAGAUUCCCCAACAGCAGACUACAGGAGAUUUUCGUUUGACAACUUUUCAAAGAUUUGAGGUAAAUGGUAUCCCUGAAGAAAGAAAACUGACCGAAGCAAUGAAUUUGUAAUCAAACAAUAUAGCUGUUAUAGAUUAUUUCUUCUCUCUUCCUUAAUGCAUGAGCUUUUCUGGCAUAUGGUAUGCAUGUUGACAGUAUUAAGUAUAUACCAAAUAAUUCAAUAUAGCUUUCAUUUUACUAAUGUAUUUCUUUUGUACUUAAAGCAUUUUUGACAAUUUGUAAAACAUCGAUGACUUUAUAUUUGUUACAAUAAAAAGUGAUCUUUAAAAUAAAUAUUAUUAAUGAAGCCUA